GUUUCCUAAAAAACAGAAAAAUAACCUACAAUUUUCAAAAGUGGAAGCCCUUGACAAACAAAAUGGCUUCCUAGCGACUCAAAGCGGAAAGUGACGAUGCUUUUAUAUAAUACUUAAGAAAUUGCGAAGCAAAUGGGUUCACGUUUAAGGUAAGAAAUACUCUGUCUGUGUUUGUAAACCUUUCUACAUUCCCCUUAUUCUUCUUGUAUUGUGUACAUUUAGACCAGUUCCCGAUAAAAUUUUUGAAUGUCUUAUCGAAGUCACAGCUCCGGUGUCAGAGAACGAAGGUACGUUGCGAAUUAUGAUGCAAUAUGAUCCCAAGUUUCCAGACUGAUUUGAAAGUUCUUUGUCUCUCUCGCUUCCUUGUUUGUAAUGUUUGAAAUGUUGAUCUUUUAAGCUACACAAAUACCGUAAAUUCAGUCUAAUUUAAUUUGUUUUUAAAUGACCACAAGGCGAAUAAAUGAACGUGUUUUUUAAAAUGCGUAAUUCCGUGAGCUAGUGCGACAGAAAUCACAUCGGACUUCCGACAUAUAUUUUGAUGGAAAGCGAUAUUUGCUGUACAAACUACAGAUAUCGAAACUAGUAGAAGUGUUUUGGAGAUAUAAUAUAUUUGGUUUCAAUACUUUGGUUUUAUUUAUAACAUUGUGGCAAAUAUGAUUAGCAUUUGUAACAUUUAUGUUCCAUUGUCAUUCUCUGUUCUUGCGAGUGCUGAAGUCUCCUGCCGUUUUUGUUAUAAAUAAAUAACUUGUGCCUGCUGUGUGGAAUAGUUUGCUGAAAGAAUAUCAAAUCAAAGGACAAUUAUGUUUUGUAAUAUAUCUAUGUACAAUAUCCAUUAAAAGUUUUACAAAAUUGACAAUUCUUGUGCAUAAUGUAGGUCAUGCUUAUACACUCAGACUGCAAAGGCUGUUUUUGAUGACAUCGUGGGUGUGCAAGCUUGCACACCUCUGUGAACUUUAUUCAACUGUCGACUAAAGUUGGUGCUAAAUGUUAAAAAUUGGCAAUGCUAUGCCAAAAGUACAAGCUGUGUAGGCAUAAAUAUAGUUAACAAAUGUACAGAGUUGUCGGACGAGUGUGCCCUUGCCGUACUCUGCAUUCUGGUGUUAUAUGAAGCCUUUUUUGUGGCGAUUUGCAACAUGAUUUCAGAGUAGACGUAGAGCCAUAACAUUAUCCUGAAGUAGUCACAAGGAAAUUGUGAGCAUGGUAUGCACAUGCACACUUCCUGGUACUUUUAACUCUUACAAAUCUCACCGAACUGUGACAUUGCAUCAAAAAUUUGAAUCACUGUCACUGCCACAAAUGUCUACAAUGGCGACAACACACUUUUCCAUGUUUGCAAUUCGAAUUUUAAACAGCCAAUUGACGUUUUACAGUAAUUGAUACUCAGGGUUUUUUUCAGGAUUUUCUCUUGGGUCCAUUUUUGCAGAGAAGAUUGAGUUUAGCUGAACAGCUGGGGGUCUGGGGCAGCUGUGGGAGGCUGACUCCUGUACCCAAUAAGUGUAGUUGAGACGCAAUGUGUUAAAGCAGACACUAUAAACUGGUUAAAGAUGGCGAAUGCAUUGUUUUUCUUGUGUUGUGAAAUGAAUUCCAGCAAUUUUUUCCUGAUUGUCGGGUUUCCAACUGAAAACUAAUUUGCACACGUCACGAAUUUAACUCAAACUACUUCAUUUUUACUGCACUGAAUCUUUUGGUGAGAAGAUUGAGUUUCAAAACUCAAUUCAAGAUUGAGUUUUUGGGGCCGUUUUACGGUCCUAAAAAUCCCGGAAAAAAACCCUGAUACUGAGAACCUGAUUGGCUGUAUAGAAUUAGAAUUGUAAGCAUAUGGUGCGGUUAUAGACGUUUGUGGAAGUGGCGGCAAUAUAAAUUUUUGUACGAUGCCACAUUUCGGUGAGAUCUGUAAUAUUGUAUUUUCACUUCCUCUUCUCCUAAUGCCACAAAUAUUCUUCUUAGGGGAAGUGUAGACUUUUUCUGGAACGACCAAUUCAAGUCUUGUUAAAAUUGUUUUUAGGUGCAAAAUUGAUCAGUUUUUUUCCAGAUAACUAUGAAGAUGUGGUAAGUUUAUCCUCGACUCUGCAGCCGAUCUGUAUUCUAAUAAUUAUUAACCAUCGAGAUUUUGAGGUGUCUCCUUCGAUAGAACGAAUAUUAGAUGCAUUUCUUGCAUGUCUAUCGAACUUGGAUGCGUUCUUUUAGAAUCCUGGCUUAACCCAUUGAGCGCCAGGGCUCUUCCCUGGCGCUCAAUGGUUUGGCAUUAGACAGAUUAAAAUAAUAAAGUAGGGUGCAUCAGGGUGCAAUGCAACUCAAUGGGUUAACUAGACACAUGGGCAGUCUGAUUAACCCAUUAAUUGCCAGCGCUCUCCCAUUGAUGAGUAAAAUCAUCUGGCGUUAGACGGUGUAAAAUAAUAAGGUAGGGUGCAAUGCAACUUGAUGGAUUAAAGCCUGAUCCGCCCAUGCCGUGUAUUAAGGUAUAAACAGUGACGUAGCCAGCCCGACAAUUUAGUUCGCUAUGCAAAUUCAAAUUAUUAUCAUUAUUCAUUUCUUUAGAAAUUGAUUGUUUUCACAGUCAAUAAACACGAAAAUAUUUGCAUAGCGGGACUAAAUCGUCGGACUUGCUACGCUCCUGGGUAUAAAGCCAUAUUAAUCCCCCUUUUAAAUUACCGAUACAAGAUUAUUUACUCUGUCUAAUGCUAGAUAACUAAUAAAGGAAAAGUUGUAAGCAUUAAUGAAUGAUGACCAUUGUUUUUUUAUGAAGAAUAUGCUCAAAGAUGUUGUUCCAAAGUUCUGUUUCCCCUUUGCACAUGAUGCGUAAGUACUUGAAGUUCUAUUUCAUAUCAAUUUGUCGGUCCUAUACUUUAAUUGCAAGCAGAAGAAGUAAGAUUUCACAUUUUAUAUAUUAUAUGUAUAUUUCACAGUUUUUCCCAACUUGGCCUUCAUGAAAUAAACAGUGUUGCUGUGUUUUUGUAGAGAGAUGGUUGAUGCCGUCCAGCAUUUUGCAUUUGUCUUGACAGACAUCGAAGGCCUUUUUCGCUUUGGGUUUUGUCGUUAUCCACCGAAAGCAAAAACAUGCCUGUGCAUCCUGAGGUGGGUACAAUCAGGGCGCUUAUAUAGGGGGCGGUGAAACGGUUAUAGGCGCGCCGAUCGAUGUGUGAUGCAAUGAACUGGUAACAAAUUUGUUGUGGUUACUAUGGCGAUGUUGUCUUAUAUGGCAAGGAUAAAUAUGGCGGGAAAACUGAGAUGGAAGUUUUGACUGUUUUGUAGUCAAGUUUUGAUGAAGAAAUAGAUAUUGGGGGUAAAAUUCCGAUGUUAUACGAUAAUUUAGUAGAUUCUGCUAUUGUAUUUUCAGGUAAUACUGCCAAUAUUUUAGAGUUUUUGCUCAACACGCUUGCGAAAGCUUACGAACGGUUGCUUUCGCAAGAAGCAUGACGUGAAAGGUUUUUAAAACUCUUCGGAUGUACACGUAUCGUUCACGUUCGAUAGAAUACAAUUCACAAUUAAUUUUAGCCACUAGUCGAUCUUUUCAGUUGAAAAUCAAGAAAUGCUCAACUUGAAUUUGUAUAUUUUUAACGAAUCCUUACAAGAAGUUGUCUUGGCCAGCCGGUCAAAAAAAAUCAAAGUUGGGACGAAACUUUUUCGACUAUUGCGCUCAACAAACGUCCGAGCGAGUCGUAUUUUGAUUCAAAGGCCAAGAAGUAAAAUAUGUUUACGGCUCAGAAUUACUUCAAUUGAAUGCCUUAAAAGUCGUACAAAAUUAUUAACAUAAUAACCAAACAUCAUGAUAUGGCCAAAAUACAAUUGUUGUUUGUUUUUUUGCAGCGAAAUAAUGGUCUAAUUAGGCAAAAUUUAACACACAAAAAUACCUCACUUUCCAACGCUGUGUAUUCAAUUGCUCAACUCCGAGUCUUAUGAAAACUUUUGGAGAUAAGCACAUAAUUAUAAUCUUUACCAUCAACUGAAUUUCGAAGUUUGGACGACUUGAUAACAUGCCCAAAUGCUGUUUUGAAAAUUUCCCUUCAUUGAAGUCAUCAAAAGCCCGAUCAUUAUCCUCAAUAUUUCUUUCAAAAUUCAACUAUACAGGCCAAACAAGCAUUCGUACGAUACACUAGUUACUACUUCGUUGUUACAGUGCAAAAACAUCCUCAAGAAUUUCGUAGUUAAUGAAAAAACAGCAAAAAUACAACAGCAGGAAAAAUCACGCUCCUUGUCAACUUUUGCCGAAAAGCACGCUCGUGGCAGUCCUUUUCCGCAUCACACAUCGAUCAGCGCGACAUCAGCGCGUUUCACCGCCCUCUAUAUAAGCGCCCUGGGUACAAUAGUAUAUAGUAUGUAAGCACCGUACAGUAUAUGGAUGUAUGCUGAUCAUCUUUACUUGUAGCUGAGAGCUAUGAUGAAUUGUGACAGAUGUAGCUCAACCUGAUCAAGUUUGAAGGCUUUCUAAAGCCACCUCUGGCAGCCACCUUAUGACCCAAAUUGCCCCAGGGCCCCACCUUAAUAGGGCCCAAACUUGAGAGCGAAAGCCUAAAAUUGAGUAUGUUCUUUAAAUUGGUCCGAACAUUUUUUAAAUUGAGGGCCCCUUACAGUAGCUCCACAUGCAGUCUAGCUAAGGUCUAGUUGGGUGACUGAUCACUUGGGUCUGGCUUCUUAAAAAUAAUGAUGUUAUGGGGCCCUCGGCGACUCUGGACCUACUGUACAUCUGAUCACGAAGAACAGCUACGGUGGAAACGUCAGUUUUUGGCUAGUCCCAACCCACGUACAUCAGCAUAUACAGUAGGGCUGAGCACUAAUUUUGCAUGACUCUGUCACCACAAAUCAUUUUCCAUAAACAUUUCUGUGUGCGUGCCAGAUGACACUAAAUUAUGCGCGCCCCUCUUGCACACAUACAACCUACCUUAACUUGUUAAAUUCCUUUCUACUUUAUUAUAUUCAGUGAUUUACCAGCAUUUGAGAUGUUUUAUGGUCUUCUCAACACAUUGGCUGAACUUGACAACAAUGCCAGAAAUGAGGUAUAAAAUAAAAUUCAUACGUAACAUGUCACAUUUCAACGAUGUUUAGCCCAUUGAGUGCCAGUUCUAAGAUCCUCUUUAUGGGUAAACUUUUCUGGCAUUAGGCAGAGUAAAAUAAUGAAGUUGGGUACAUUAGGGUGUAUAUUGUGUAAAAUGACUUGCUAUGAUCUGACUUAUUUAGCGUAUUACAUCAAAACAAUUUCUGGAUCUUGUGUUGGAGAGUCAGGUUCCAGAGCCUGGGACCAAGUUUACUGUCAGUGACCCUGGCACAGGCUGGGUAAGUUCAUUGCCACCCAAUCUCAUUCCCGAGUCCGCGAUCCUCGGAAAGGAACGUGAGGCUCUGGGAUAAUCCGUUUCAAGGAGGAAUCUGAUUGGCCAUUGAAAUGGAAUGCGUAGUUCAAUCUUUGGCUUCCGGCAACAGAUUAUCCCAGAGCCUCGGGUUCCUUCCCGAGGAUCGCAGGCUUGGGGAACGAGAUUGAUUGCCAGCCACAAAACAAGCAAAUUGACAAUCUUCUGCAAAAGAUGUUAUCUUCUGUUAAGAUGUUAUCUUUUGUUAUCUUCUGCUAAAAGUUGUUAAUCUCCUCAUUAACAAGUUAAAAUCCUCUAAUUAGCAGUAAUUAGUAAUAUAGGGUCCUCUAAUUAGCAAUUAAAGAUAAUCUGAUUAGUUAGUGAGUAGCAAUUAAGAUUCUGCAAAUUAGAAAUUAUUAGCAAUUGAGAGUAAUUUAAUUAGUUGUAAUUAUGAAUCCUCCGAUUAGUGUUAAUGCUAGAAACUCUUUAAAAAUCCUCUCAUUAACGAUUUAGAAUCCUCUAAUUAACAGUAAUUUCCAAUCAAGGUUCCUCUAAUUAGUUGUCAUCAGCAUUUUAGGAUUGUCUUAUUAGUCAUCAUUAGCAAUUCAGAAUCCUCUAAUUAAUAGUAAUUAGCUCAAUUAAAAAUCUAAUUAGUAGUGAGUAGCAAUUAAGAUUCUGCAAAUUAGAAAUUAGUUGCUAUUAAGAGUAAUUUAAUUGGUUGUAAUGGACCAUUUGCAUUAUAAACUAAAUUUUGAUCUGGACAAGUCUAGACAAAAAUUUCAUCACAGCUUGAAAGAGCAUCACAAAAUUAGUAAUAUUCCAAAGUUUCGUUGCGAAAUGUUGUAAAAUGCGGAUAAUAUAGCCUUGCGAAGUUUGCCGUUUUUCAGUCAUUUUGCAUUACGCAAGGGAAAUUGACAGCCCAAUACCUUUUGGGGCUGUCAAUUUCCCGUUUGUAAUACAAAAUGACUGAAAAAUGGUAAACUUCGCAAGGCUAUAUUAUCCGCAUUUUACAACAUUUCGCAACGAAACUCUGGAAUAUUACUAAUUUUGUGAUGCUCUUUCAAGCUGUGAUAAAAUGUUUGUCUAGACUUGUUUAGAUCAAACUUUAGUCUAUAAUGCAAAUGGUCCAUUGGUAACUAUGAAUCAUCCAAUUAGUAGUUAUUAGCAAUUACAAAUACUCUAAUUAGUACUUAAUAGUAAUUUUUUUCCCAAUUAGUGGUGAUUAUCCUCUAUGAAUCCUUCAAUUAGCAUUCAUUAACUUGUAUCCUAGAUGAGGCAGUACAACUAUCCUGAUCCGGGAAAAUUACCUUCAAUUCCUGAAAAUGUAAGAACUUUUGUUACAUUCUUACAGUAAAUGAAUUUGUAAUAUAAUUAUGUUAGUCAUUAAAUUAAUAACAUGUCCUCAAUUUUUCCCUUAAUUUUAGAGAAAUCUGACAGAUUAUUUUUCAGCCGUCAAUCCCAACAACAUGAUUGCAUUGUUUGCAAGGUAUGCAAAUCCUUUGCCAGUGAAUUAAGUUGUGUAUGAUGCAUAACUCAGACAGUGGGCUAUUUUGGGCAUUUUACUGUACAAUGUAAAUAUAGCCCCGUGUAAUUUAUUGCUGCUUUCUUUAUUUCAAGCAUGAUGUUUGAACGAAGAAUUAUAGUGACAUCAAAAAGACUUAGUUUGGUAAAAGUUUAGUUACUUUAGUUAUAUUCAUUGUUUGCUUGUUCUGCUCUAUGUUAUAACUACAGUAUUUUUCAUUGCUUUAUUGCAUCUUCGCUUUUGGGUGAUUCAAUAGUUUAUGUUAGUUGCGUUAUACUGCGCCCAGCACAAAAUAAUAAAACAUUUUAUUCCCCAUAUUUAGCUGACGGCCUGCACGUACAGUGCUUCGUUACUGCUAUACCCAAUGCACUGGCAACAUGUGUUUAUACCAGUCAUGCCACCAAGUCUAUUGGAUUACUGUAGGUACGUAUCAUCGUUUUUUGUAAGGGACCGGUCAUAAACUAACUGCUAGAGUGGGCUGGAGUGAUUUGGUAUGGCCCAUGGAAAAUCUUUGGGCAGUUUUGAUGGGCCGCCAAUUUUUCUGUAUCUCCACGGUUGGGCCACCAAACAAAAACCCAUGUCUAUUUCAAAAAAUAAAGAUAUUAAUAAUAAAAGUAAACAAAAUUAUCAAAUGUAAAUGAUGUAUUGAAGCCCGUACUUUGUUUUAUACAACAACGAGAAGUGGUCGAAUCGCAGCAAAUACAACUAACUGGAAAGCAGCUCAGUAUCGUAAUUGGUGAUGAAUGUGUUGGCAAAGCUUGGUGGAAUAUGUAUGUCAAUACAGUACCGGUGUACUAUAUUUACAAUGUUCAUACCUGCAAGUUUUUUUUAUUAUAAAAGUGUAUUUUCCCAAUUUAGAUUUGGUGGGUGGGUCAUGAAAAAAAACUUGUUAGAUUAGACGGGCUUUGAAAUUUUUAUCUGCAUCCGAAGAUGGGUCACCAAACUUAUUGGCAAAAUUUGUGAUUUACCUCCAGCCCACCCUAGCAGUUACUUUAUGACCAGUCCCUAAGCUGAGUUAUCAAAGAAAUUUCAGUGUUUUGAAAGGGUUUAAAUGUUGAAAUUCUUCCUCUUUCAGCGCUCCAAUGCCGUUUCUUGUUGGUGUUCAUUCCUCGUUGAUGGAGGUCAGUUUCUCUCACUUGUUAUCAUGGCCAGCACUUUCCUUUUGAUGGGUAAAAUUGUCUGGCGAUAGAUAGAAUGAAAUCAUAAAGAAAGUCGCGUUAACUUAAAGGGCAUAUGACUCGAAAAUUGACGUUGUUAUUUUUUUAGUCUAAUUUGAAAGAUCAUUGAAACUGUAGAGUAACUUCUUAGUGCUGUGCAAACUCCGGUUUUUCAUCUCCGGCUCCGGCCGAAUUAUAGCUCUGAGCUCCAGCUCCGGCCACAUCAUAAAAUAUUAAAUAAAUGUUUUACGAUCAGAGAACAUUUAUUAAUAUUAUUAUGAAUAACCCUUUUCGCGCUUCCUAAUUAUCAGAUAACAUAACUCAAGAAACAAAACAGUGAAAACACUUAACCACGCAGAAAAUAUCUAUAUGGAAACCAGCCUCGAAAUUUUUUUUGACAGUAUUGCAAUUUUUAUAUAGCAUGACGCGAGGCAUGACGCUAACACUCUCAAACUCCACAGCGCAAUUGUUCGCACGCAAACAAAGUACUCUGUCAUUUUCAAAAGGUUGAUAUUUAUUUGUUUUGUACUUUUUCGUUAUCUACAAGGCAUGAAUACACAAACUAUGUAGCGCUAAGUCAGAUGGCUUCAUGAAAGCAUGACGUUUGUAAGUUGCGAUCGUAUAAUUACAGCUUUUCGACGCUGUUCCUGUGGGCUGUCGCAGUUUGAGUCUAUGAUGAAUUCAUUAACAGCAAUUGGCAGUUUGCAGUAACUAACAAUCGUUUGACAUUUGUUUCAUUUCAAUUGUUUUCUUGUCAUUUUGCCGGAGUUGGGAAAAUGUAACUCCGGCUUCGGGCUCCGGCAUACAAAAUUCUGCUCCCGCUCCGGCGUCGGAAAAACCGCCGGAGUUCCGGCAGAACUCCGACUCCGGCAACUCCGGCGCACAGCACUAUAACUUCUUCGACAGAUUUUUGUUUUCUUGCUUCGUUUUGGAGAUAUUUCAUUUUGUAUGAUAUGGACCAACUUUCUACGUCACUCAUGCAUAAUGACUUACUUCAAAAUGUUAUAUAAUUUUGUCACUACACUAUCAAAUAAAUUCGCACAAAAUGAAUGAUGAGCACGAGAUUUGUGCACAACAACACCCAUGUAGGUUUUCUACUGAUUGUGUUUAGUCGUAUUAAAGAUAUACAUACAGCUUUUUGGGUUAAAUCAUUAUGCAUGUAUGUAUAUCUUUAAUACGACUAAACACAAUCAGUAGAAAACCUACAUGGGUGUUGUUGUGGACAAAUCUCGUGCUCAUCAUUCAUUUUGUGCGAAUUUAUUUGAUACUGUAGUGACAAAAUUAUAUAACAUUUUGAAGUAAGUCAUUAUACAUAUGUGACGUAGAAAGUUGGUCCUUUGCAUAUCAUACAAAAUGAAAUAUCUCCAAAACGAAGCAAGAAAACAAAAUGUCGAAGAAGUUACUCUACAGUUUUCAAUGAUCUUUCAAAACGUCAAUUUUCGAGUCAUACUCCCUUUAAUGUGUUAAAAUCACAAAAACUUACUAUAAGGACACUUUAUAGAAACUAGAAAAAUACUCGCUUAUAUACUUCUGAAAAAAAAACCCUCCUUAACUAUUACGAAAAAAGAAGUAGGAAUAAAAUUAACAGAAUAUUUCAUAAUGAAAUGUAUUGCAGAAAGUACGAGAUAUGCCCUUGGACGAUGUCGUCAUAUUGGAUAUUGAUAAACAAGAGAUCGAGUUGACAGGAGAAUGUCUUGAUGAUGUCGACAAUCUGCCACCAGAAGCUGUAAGUAUAAUAGCUCAGUGUUUAUACCACAAUACGCAAGGACGGUUUAUCCUUUUCAGCGAUAUUACCAUAUUGAAGUUAAUAAAGUGAUACUAUAGGAAAAUUUGUUGCUUUAGGUUUCAAAGUUAAACAAUAUUCUAAAGAAGAACACAAUUGCUAUUGGUGAAUACGUGGCUCGAGCUUUUCUCAGUGCUAUUGUCAUUUUGAUUGGCGGAUAUCGAGACGCAUUGAAACUAUCUGUAAGUCAUGAUAUUUUCUGUGUUCUUGGGCUAGUAUAGACCCAUUGCACUGACGUCACAAAUCCUUAGAGUGUCCUCCAGAUGCUCCCUAACAAUAUCUGUUCGGGUACAACAACCACAUUCAGCGCGAAAAUUAACCAUUUUAAUACAAAAUUAUUGUAAACUUUUACAAAAUUUGCUUUGUUUACUAAAGUUAUAUUAUGCAUAGAUUGCUAAUUUGUCCUCCAGAUGCAUCGUCACCGGCGCUGUGACGUCAUGUGCAAUGGGCUAGUAUUCUAAAGGUUGUAGGUUCGAUUUCCACCGUGGCCAGGUAUAUUUUUCGAGCGUGCCCGGUGUGCAUAUACACUCAGAGUAACAUCACAAGCAUCAUAUCUGUAAGUCAAUAAGACCUUAUGCAUAAUGACGUCACAAGGCUUGAUGCCCGCGAGGAAUGUUGGUCUUAGCAGUCAUCGCCCGGUAAAAUUAAACAAUUCAAAAUGGCCACUAUCGAAAUUUUCCCGGGCCUACUAAUACCAGCAUUCCUCGCGGGCAUCAAGCCUUGUGACGUCAUUAUGCGUAAGUCUAUUGAAGCUAUCUGGUGGGCUUACCCUUACUUGUAGUUACAUAGUUACAUUACAGGAAAUAGUAGUUUUGUUUCUGUGAUCCUAAGUUCGUCACAGUCAACGUUUUCUGCGAAAUUCCCUAAUAUUCUUCUUAAUCAAUUAUUUUCUGUGCCUAGCAUUGUGCAAUGCCCUAAAAUUGUCUACCAGCUAAGCCAGACCUGGAAUUUUCUGUAGAUGCCAGUAUCCACUAUUAUGCCUAAUUAUAAAAAUAUUAGCGCAGUCAAGUAAUUUUCUGUUUCAUUUUGUAUUUUCAGAACGACACCAUCAUCUUUGAACAAGACUUGUAAGUGUUGUAUUUAUACCUAACAUUUGAUAUAUAGAUGGGUUUUUGUAAGAUGGGAUUUCAGAAGGAAAGUCUGUAUACAUGUUAGACCUUAUAUAUGCCCUCUGCAGCAGGGAUCGGCCCUACGAUUACUGUGCAGCGCUCUAACCAACCGAGCUACAGAGUCCGUUUGUCGGGCAGUAACCACAACGCCAAUGUAAAUUUUCUUCAUUUUCUAAAGGUUCGUCAGUUCUCGUCCACACAUGAAAUCAUUUCUCGAGAAUCUGUUGAAAUUACAACUAUUUGAACGGGUAAGUGAGAUUUUGAAACUCACUAGUUUACAGCUAAUAUUGUGUUCGUUCAUUCUGCGAAUUAAAGCAAAAAGCAAAUGAGGUCCUCUGGAAGACUUGUCAUGACAAAUUUGUGAGACAUGAUUUCUUCAUUGCAGAAGUGAAUUGGAAAAGUUGAUUCGAAUAAGCCAAUAGCUUGCGAUUAGAGGACAAUAUGAAUAAUGAUCUAUUUUAAGUGCACGAAAGCAUAGGCGUACCGGGGGGGCGGGGGGGGGGCGGUAGCCCCCCCCCCAGUUUUUUGGGCAGUCGGGCAAUAUUCGAUCAACAGUCGGGCAAUUUUGGUUUGCAAUAAAAAAAAAUGGGACAAAUUCUGUAAUUUUGACAAAUUCUGUGUCUUCUUUGGCAAAUUUUGUGAUUUUUCGAAAAUUUUUGUUAUGUUCCGAAAAAUAUUGGUUGUCCGGAAAAUUUUUUUGACCCCUAAAAUGGUACACUGACCGAAAUUUUUUUGGCGACGGGGGGGGGGAGGUCGCCAAAAUAAUUUUUCCGGAAAAAAAUUUUUGGUACUAGUCGGGCACAAUCCCGAAAAGUCGGGCAAUUUUCUUUCCGCCCCCCUAAUUUUUUCCUUCCGGUACGCCCAUGCACGAAAGAUUUUCGCGACUACAGAAUACUGUUUCACAAUGCGAUUUGUCAGGCCGAUUUGAGAUCUACCCAAAUUAUAUUUUAAAAACGCACUGUAGUACACGUUAUUUCAUAUCGUCAGCAACUCCAGUAUACAGCGUUUGCACUCAUUCCCAAGGGACCAGCUCAACAAAAGCCAUGAUGGCCAUAUUCAUUAUUUGGUGUUUCUUACGAUGACGAAUAUCCGCCAUUUUUGGGUGGCAUCUAAUUUACGUUAACCAAUGCAGACAAUUAAAACCAUGUGUGUGAAAAGCAAUUUUUCAAAAUAAACUAAACAUUUACAAAGCAAAUUUACCAUCAUUCGUCCAAAAAAAUUAUAAAAGAUCGCUGUUAUGUGGACUUAUCUCGCAGACCUCGGCUGAAAAGUCCCUCAAAAAUGGCGGCGUGAGAAAGGCUAAUUGGAACACCAACAUGGCGGCUGUAGGAACAUUGAACAAAACCUGAAAUCAACUUUCUUGAUUGUGUAGUUUAUUCACCACCGUCUUGAACAACUGAACUCUGGCGAAGCAAUCGACGAUGUUUUUGAAGAACAAGUUGGACUUCAGACUGAAAGUAAGACCACAUCAAGGUUUAUCAGUUUCUUCUUGGCUAACUUGUUAAGAUAGACUUGUUUCCAAUAUUUCAUAUUUUAUAAUGUAUUUUAGAUGAUUCAAAAUGGGUUUCUCAAUAUAAACAAUGGAUGAAAAACCGCAAGGUAUAUACCCUCCUGCAUUUUUCAUGGUGCGAAUUAAGAACUUUUUCCGACCUAUAAUGAUUCUCAAAAAUUGUAGGCCAUGCUAGUUUUGACUUACGAAUUUCAAUAUUGACCGACAAAAUUUUUUCUAUUAUCCAAUUUCAGUUUUGUAUUGUAUUGGAAGGGAUUCCGAGUGUUUAAAACUGAAUGAAAAGUUAGCCUCAAAAAUAAAAUGUUUUCAUGAAAUUGUAUAGGCCGCUAAUCUUAUGGCCCAUAGAAAAUUUGGAGAAAAUCCUUAUCUCGAGUCACUUCAAUCACACGUGAUAAUUAUACUCCCAGAUAUUCUCCAAAUUUUCUGCUUUGAAAUACUGUAGUUGCACGCAAUAACCUUAGACACUUCUAGUAUAAUACUGCCCCAUAGGAGAGAUUUAAAAUUGUAAUUGUACCGUUUUUCAUUUCAUAUCACAGAGAGAUGGAACUCAACUGCUGAACAGUCUAAGCGGCAAGACUGAAAAGGUACUUUUCAUUUGAGUCGACAUUUAGCCAAAUUUGAGUACUCCCAAAACAAUGUGUAUAUUUUUUCCAAAUAGGAUAUAUUAUUUUUCCAUAUAUUGUUUCAAUAGGACAGUGAUUUUUCAACCGUUUUAGCUAAAGCUCUUCAUAAUCCGUGUUGAAUAUUUCAGGCUACUUACAAGGCGAAAAAGUUUAUUCACUCUGGCGUGAAAAAUGUGAAAUUACACGGAAAGAAUGGUUUCAAAGAAGCUAUGAAAGGUAUUAAAGAAAAGAAGAAAAAUUUUAUUGAAAAUAAUAAAGGAACGGUGAGUGUUAUAUUAAAUUUUACUCUGAGAAAAGCUUGUAGCAUUUCAUCCUAUUUCACUGUUUUAGUCGUUUGUCUUGUUGAUAUCCCUUGUUAACUCUUGUCUACAUUCAUUCCAGGAGAAGGACGUUACGUUUUAUGACAACAGAACUACUCCAGUUCAGAGAUCUAAAUCACUUCCAAUGACGAAGGCUUUCGCUAUUCAACCAAAUUCGAAAAUUGCAGCUCGACAAUCUAUUGGUAUCGUUUUGGUGAGUAGAUUGGUUAUUAAUUAGCCAUCGGUUAUUAAUCUCGUGUUACUAAGAGGAAACUUAAACUGAACUAACUUUAUUUAUGUAAACUAACUUUAUAUAUACUGGAUAGCUCUAUCAGUUCUAAACUGUUCUCCCUAGAGGUCCAGUAAGGAUCAUCUCUUAUUGAUCCAGUGUUACUACAGGAGGAACCUAAACUAAACUAACUUUAUAUAUACUGGAUAGCUCUAUCAGUUCUAAACUGUUCUCCCUAGAGGUCCAGUAAGGAUCAUCUCAUAUUGAUCCAGUGUUACUACAGACGGGAAACCUAAACUAAACUAAACUAAACUAAUUUUAUUUACGCUGGAUAGCUCUAUCAGUUCUAAACUGUUCUCCCUAGAGGUACAUUAAGGGCCAUCCGUGUUACUACCCGAAGUAAAUAAGUUAGUGGCAAAAAAGAGUUAUCUUGCAAUUGAUAUCUUGUUUACAAUUUUUGAAAUUUAACAAGUACAGUAACCAAAAAUUUCCUAAUUUGUAGCAAAACCGUAUAGAUUCCCCCCCGUCACCCACGAAAAGUCCUCGCCCCUCAAGAGCACCUCCAAGAGUACCUCCAGAUUCCCCCUCCACAACCCCAUCUCGGCCGCCUCCCCCUCGGCCAACAAAUCCUCCUCCACGACGUCCGUCGCCCCCUCCGCCAUAUCAAUCGCCCCCUUCGCCAUAUCAAUCACCCCCUUCGCCGUAUCAAUCACCCCCCGUAUCUGGGAGCGAUGAACUGAAAACACGACCCAGUAUGAUUCGAAACCCGGGGGACCCUGGCGUGAAAGAUCUUAUCAAUUUUUAUGAUAGUCAGGUGAGUUUCCUGUUUGAUA